CACAUCUGCCAUGACACCAGUCAAUGCCAUUAUCAGUUGCACUCGCAGUCGUGUAUAUUACUUCUUGUCUAUUGGUAGUAUUUAAUAUUUGUCUUAGUGAUACCGGUUCAUUAAACAAGUGAGGACGUGAAAAUAGAAUAAUAUUAAAAGUAAAAAUAAAUUAUCAAGACAUUAACAAUGGUGAAAGCCAGAAAGUACGUGGUGAAGAACCAUUUUCAAGGCGUACCGAAAUUGUCCGAUUAUGAAAUAGUAGAAGAGGAACUACCUCCACUGAAAGAUAAUGAAUUUCUGGUAAAAACCGAAUGGAUCAGUGUCGACCCAUACCUUCGAGCAUACAACUCUCAAAUAAACGCACCGUAUGAUCAAUUCAGUUUCCAAAUUGCACUAGUACAGGAAAGCAAGAAUCCUGACUACCCAGUUGGUACUAGAGUAGUUUCACAUAAAGGUUGGUGCGACUACACGAUCAUAAAUCCAAAAUUACAGAGCGACUUCCUUGAUACAGUCUAUACGUUACCAGAUUUAAAAGGAUUAUCAAAUUCUUUGGCCCUCGGCGCUGUUGGUAUGCCGGGGGCAACCGCUUACUUCGGAUUUCUAGAAAUUUGUAAACCUAAGCCUGAUGAAACGGUAGUCGUGACGGGCGCUGCAGGCGCUGUUGGGUCUAUAGUGGGCCAGAUUGCUAAAAUCAAAGGUUGCAAAGUAAUCGGAUUUGCUGGUUCUGAUGAAAAAGUGCAAUGGUUAGAAAAAGAACUAGGAUUCGACAAAGCUAUCAACUAUAAGACUGCUGAUGUCGCCAAAGCCCUAAAAGAAGCUGCUCCGAACGGGGUGGAUUGUUAUUUCGACAACGUUGGUGGAGAGUUGAGCAGUGUGAUUAUAAAUCAAUUGAAUGUGUUCGGACGGGUGUCUGUGUGCGGAAGUAUUAGUUCAUACAAUGAUGAUCUAGAUAAAUUGCCAAAAGCAUCUAUUGUACAACCAGCCCUAGUGUUCAGACAGUUGAAAGUGGAAGGAUUCAUAGUAAGCCGGUGGAGGGAGCGCUGGUCUGAAGCGUUCACUGAAAUUAUUACAUGGAUUCUAAAUGGCAAAAUGAAGCCUCGGGAACACGUGACAGAAGGUUUUGAUAAUCUUUUUAAGGCGUUUACUGGCAUGUUAGCAGGUGAAAACUACGGCAAGGCUAUAGUCAAAGUUUAAAGUCUGUUUGAAUAAUUUCACGUCAAUCAUAAAUUGUUCUAACUACUUGUUAUUUACUGUACAUUUAUAUACCUACUAAUAGUAUAAGUACACAAAUGUUUAAUAAUAAAAUAUAAUU